UCUUCUAAUUCAUAGCAUUGCUCUCUCGUUUGUUUCCUCAAGUUCCAGGGAUCACUCAAGAACACAAUGAUGAUCACACUCCUCCAAUUUCUCGUCAUCGCGGCACCAAUCUUCCAGGUGAUCACAGCCUCCGACGCCGAUCCCCUCCAGGACUUUUGUGUGGCCGACCUCGCAAAGGACCUCACCCUCAAUGGUUACCCUUGCAAGCGAGCAGCCAACACCACCACCGAGGAUUUCAUCUUCUCGGGCCUUCGAAACUCCGCAAACACCAGCGGCCCAUCGAGAGCCGACGCGGUGUUUGGCUUCGUCCACAGUUAUCCGGGGCUCAACACUCUCGGCCUCGCCAUAGGCAGGCUCGACUUUGCUCCCGGCGGUCUCAUCCCUCCACACACGCACCCGCGAGGCUCAGAGAUCAUCUACGUCGUGGAAGGGAGCUUGUACGCCGGAUUCGUCACCACCCAGAACCAGCUCUUUGCUCGGGUCAUCUCCAAAGGCGACGUGAUGAUCUUCCCGCGGGGUUUGAUCCACUGGCAGCUCAACGUUGGUAACACCACCGCCAUGGCCAUCGUGACGCUGGAUUCGCAGUCACCGGGCUUCCAGAUCAUCGCAAGCUCCAUGUUUGGAUCGGACAUCCUGGACGAGGUGCUCGUCAAGACCUUCUUUAUUGAUGAGAAUGCAGUUCGGCAGCUCAAGGCUACAUUUUCCUAAAUAGUUCACUUGAAAGUAAAAAUAAAUCCUGUACGGUCUUCCUAUUGACCUUAUAUAGCGCAUUUUAUAUAUCAUUUUUUAAUACACUAUUGAUUUCUUUAAGAUUCU